CGACAGAUCGCUUAUCCUGCAAGAUCCAAUUGAUACCUCCGGACAUCCCACAGCUGCUCGACUCUGAAGCAGCCCUGCGAUAUCGAUUCCUCCCAAGCAAAGCACGUUCCCAGUCUGCUCCCUUUUUUUAAGCAUUCGUUGCAGCACUUUCUCCCCCUCUUUUUUUCUUUGCCCAACUCUUCCCUUUUUUGGCUGACCUAGACCACUACGGUGUAUCUCCAAUAAUCCAUCAUGGCUACCACAGCGACGACGACCUCGACCGCGAUGACGCUUCCUGUGGUGGGCAGAUCGACCAUGAGUCUUGUGGGUACAUCCAGUCCUCCAACCACGCCUCCUGCGACUCCUACAAGUCCCAUGAUGAGCAGCAGUACGCUACCACCCUCGGAUCCGGCCAAGGAGGCCACAGCGGAUGUUGCGACCAGCACAGCACCUGCCAAAGUGCAGGCAGUGAUGGUGGCAACACCGCCGCCAUCACCGCCUCCAGCUUCGCUCUUGACGACUUUGCUGCCUUUGACGCCAUUCCCAUUAGGCCCAGGGCUGGAUGCUCCUCUGACAGUACCCAUUACACUCACAGGACUUGACAAUGAUUCCGGCCUCUCAAUAUCGACCGAGGCAUCCAUUGCAGAACCAGUGGUAGCAUCUGGCGGAUCAAUAGCGUCCUCGGUUACUGUGGAGUCAGCACCAGAGACAGUAGCGGUGUCAAUGCCUUCAUCAGCCGAGGCGACGACGUUUUUUGAUGACAUGAUCAAUGCACCUCAACCACCGGCCAAUAUUUUGACACUGAGCCCGACGACAUCGUUACCGGAUCUCUACCACGAUUUCUUUGAUAAUCACCCGGAGCUGUAUGACUCUGAUCUGUCGUCGGACCCGGAGAUGGAUCUGGACGAUCCAGAGGACAUGAUUCGCGCUCGCACGAUGGCCGAUCUGCGCCAGACAGCCGCGGCUACCACCAUCUCGGCCUUGCCAGCGAUGCGUCAAGCGUGAUCUUGCGGGUUCCUGUACCGAUGGCGUGAGGAAGAAGGCAAAGUACUUGCAGGACGCACUCGAAUCCCAGCAGCAGGCUGCUGAACAGGACUCCCUUACAGGCUGCGUCCAAGAAUCGCCUCUGAGCGAUGCUCAGGCGCUGUUCAGUUUCCCCAAUGUCCCUUCG